UUCAUUUAUUGUAGACAUCUAAGUUUGUAAUCAGAAGUCCUACAAUCAUCUGAAGCGGAGGUUCAUUUUUGAUGGAAGGGAGUGAGGAAUACAACCCAAAAGAAUGCCUUCAUACAGCGAUGAAACCAUAAACGACAUAAGCAAUCAGCUGAUUAAAAAUCUCUGGCCCACCAUCGUAUUUAUCGUCGUUUUGAUUAUUGUCGGUGUCCUCGGAAACUUGCUCGUCUUCUGUGUUUACCUGAAGCGCUUUCGUCCCAGUGCCGCCAGAGUGUUCAUCCUCGCCAUGUCUGUUUGCGACUUACUGUCCAACAUUCUCAGUCUCCCCUUGACAAUUUUCCACCUGAAACAUUUUUACAACUCUGUUGAUAAUCCGACUUGCAAAGUAAUUCAAGCUUCGUGGAGAUUCCCAACAAUCAUGUCCUUGUUGUUGCUGGUGUGUGUGGCCAUUGACCGCCAUCGUCGCAUCUGUUGUCCUUUCAAACGACAGAUCACAGAUCGUCAAGCAAUACUCAUGCUACUGAUGCUCUUUGUUGUGUCUGUACUACUUACUUCACCAUUUGUGGUUAUUUCUGGUCAGAAUCGACUGGAAUACAUCGGGUUUGUGACCUGCUCUGUGAAAGACGAAUACCUUCAGUCGCCAUGGAGAACGAGCACUGGCAUCCUAUUCAUGGUUUUCUUUCUUAUAGCCCUGGCCAUUCUUAUGGUCUGCUACCUCCACAUCGUUUGCAAAGUUCAGCAAUUAAAGAUGAACAGACACAGAAUGGGUGGAAGUCAACCACAUAAAUAUGUCCCAACCCAGUGGUCCAUGUCCAAUCAAGUUUCUUCUAAUAACAGAAAGAUGUCAUCAGGGAGUUCUUUCCAAAUAAACUCAGAUCCAGAAAAGGAUGAUUCGAAAAUCCUCUCUAGUUUAGAAACACAUUCAGAAAAUGCCGUUGCAGAGACGACAGAAACUAGUCUGAAAACUGUAUCAAAUGAAUCCAUGUCACACGAACUGUCAGUCACUUCACAGGUUUCAUCACCAGUAACAGUCACAAACGUUGCUUCACAACUGUUAAUUAAUUCAGCUUUAAACUCGAGGAGUAUCGCCGGUUCCCAACAAAGAAUCGAACCCAUGACUGAAAAUCUCCAAACCUCGAGAGUUACACAGGAAGAAGAGAAGACUGGUGCGAAAAAUUCGUUGGCAAGGAAGGAAGGACGGAAACAAACAAAAUUUUCUAAAACCACAUUCAUGAUGCUCGUGCUCACCUUGACAACCAUUGUCCUCUUUGUUCCACACAUCAUACUCGUGAUACAGAAGGAUGGAUGUCUCCGGCAUGAGGAUGUUGUGAAGAUGAACUUCUGUGCAGUGGCUCUGCUCUUCCCAUACCUCAACAGUGUCAUCAAUCCUUUCAUCUACAGCUUCUGUAACCCGAAAUUCCGUCUACAGUGUCGACUGUUUUUACAGAGUUUGUGGUCGGCUCCAGACAUGAACAGUAAAUACUUUUACCAGAUGAUUCUCUGCAACAUGGAGUGUAUUCUACACGGUGUUAGACGUUAAGAAAAUGAUUGAUUUUUGUCUGAUUCAAUCCUUCAUUAUUUUAUUUAUUAUUUUAUGUGUUCAUAUAGUAUUCUUAUGUCCGCUUACAUUUAUUUAUUGUUUAUUUUAUUAAUGGCCUCCUUAGAUUAUGAACAAAUGCUGUAUGUCUCUUGUAGGGUCUUAAUUGUAUUGAACUCGUCCUCACCCCUUGCCUAAUACCUUUCCUGUCACCAUUCCUCAACGGUGUCUUCUACCCAUUCAUCUACAGUUUUUGUAACUAUGUAUUUAUUCCUUCACUUUGUUUCCUCUUUCAUUUUUUCUUGUAUUCAUUUAUUUUUUAUUUCCUUUCUUCUCUUUUUAUUUCUUUUAUUUUUUCGUUUUAGAAAACAUCUUAAUUCUUUUUAUAAUUUAUGAAAAUUUUUAUUAACACCUCCUGGAAUGUUUUGUCUGCAUAGAAAACAAUAUCUUACAUUGUAACUUACAAAUGCAUGUGAAUUUUAGCAAAUUUUUGUCGGCGCCUGCACAGAGACCUCUUUCUGUGUGAUUUAUGUCCCCCUUGCAUGUUGUAGACUUCAUCAAGGGAGUGACCUCGAGGGCUACAACACGAGAUGUGGCAAAGAAACUAAUGGUUAAACUUUAGUUCUAAAGACUUAAGCUCAUAAAUCCAGACGCCUUGGUUUGCAUCCCCUUCACAUCUUCUCGUGCCAACAUUUUAAGUGGUCCAUCAAGAAAGGAAGUAGUCUUUAUGUAUUCCGGAACAAAGCUGUGUCGUCCUUACCAUAUCUUAUUGUCAAUUCUAUGGAUGUAUAUCUCUGGACUGCUUGCAAAUGAUUUUCCUUCUCCACUCCAUCCCAUGGUAACUUCUAGAACGAGGCCAAAGCUCAAAGUCACUUCCGGUUUAACUAAAGAAGAACAGACGAUGAGAAAGCUCUCAUGUUGAACCUCAAGCUUCAUUGUCUGGAUUUUUUCAGUUCAAAUCGUGGAAAGUGGAGAUCGAGUACCUUUGUCAAUAAAAGUAACAAAUUUAUUAUCAGUCUACUGAUGAGUUAAAAAUUUUAUUGCGGUACUGAAUAUUGAAGCUGCUAAAUGGUUCGCCGAGACCUCAGAACCUACAUCUUAGAGUUGGUCUCGGCAGACAGCUAGCCAUCCAGAGAUAUACCACUAUGGUUCAUAUAUUUUCCACCAAGAUAAAGACACGUCCUUCACAUAUCUUACUGUCAGCACUUUUCGUGAGUAGAAAAAGACAUUACCCCAAAUUUGACAUCCGGGAAUCAUUAAUCAGAUUGUGAAGUGAACCGAGAAAACAAAAGGGAUGUGUACUGGACGAGCCGAGACACCCUGUCUUCCAGUAAAGCUGUCAAGGGACGAUAUUUUUAUGAUUUAUGGCGAUACAACGGCUUUCUUUAUUUGUUACAUUUGAAACAAUACAUUGUGCAGGCUAAACAUUUACUUGUUAUGUGGCUUCAGUGCAAGGAAGUAAGAAACACUCGCUUGUAAAUAUUUUUGUCACGACAUCCAUAAUAGCUCUGUGUCUUGUGCGAGUUUUUUGUCAUUCCUCCUUUCUUCUCUCAUAAUGCACGGAUUGUCUUUGUAUUUACACGAAGAAAGACAUAAUGUACAUUUUUUAAAUAUUUAAUAUCUCAUGGCCAUGGUAGAGGUAUACCCCUAACCCCUUA